GCUAGAUAUCGAUAAGAUAACGCUCCCAUAAUUUUGAAGGUUAAGUCAUAAUGAAGCUUCUGGGAGUUAUACAAUAUUAGGUACAUUUAACAUUAACCUUACAAGUUCGCAAUUCCUUUAUUUACCUGUAUUUUUUAAUACCUUUAGCUACUCAAGCAAAGAAAUCCCAGGGCUAAACGCGUCCCUGUAUUCUUCCGAUGGCGGAUCCCUUACUGACGUCGCUCUGCACCAUUUGCCACGUACAAGCCCCGAAAUACAAAUGUCCUCGAUGUGGAACUCGCACAUGUUCCUUACCCUGUGUGAAGAAACAUAAGAAUUGGUCAUCAUGUAAUGGCGAGCGCGAUCCCACCGUAUAUAUGCCGCGAGAGAAGCUGAAGACGGAUGCCGGUAUCGACCACGACUACAACUUCUUAACCAAAAUCGAAAGAUCCGUCGAACGAGUCGAGAAGAUACUAAAAGAGGAAAAGGACAUAUUGCCGCAAGAGGACACCACAUCGCGACCGCCACCGAACAAGAGAGCGCGUCUUCACAAGGGCCAAAGUCGCGGAAGAGUUACAUUCGAACAGAGUUCGCGGAGAUGGGACAAAAGUUCAAUGCAGCGAAUGCGUCACCUGGGCAUCCACGUUACGUCUCUUCCUUACGGCAUGACUCGGGCAAAGGAAAAUAAAACAAGUUGGAAUAAGCGCACGAGGACUAUGAAUUGGCAGGUCGAAUGGCUCGAGUGGAAAUCUGUCGACCCCGUCGAGGGAACACCCAACGCGGAACCUUCGAGGAUUUUGCAUAAGAUAUUGGACGAAGUUCCUCUCUACAUUGGUUUCGCGGAGGGACUAGAAUACCACCGCCAGCGCCAGCUUAGUAACCAAGAACGUACGCAGGAAAAGAAACAGAAGUCACUAGAGGAUAAGAAGAUAAUUACCGGAGGAGGCCAAGAGAUAGCCACGACGGCAUGGUGUGAUGGGGGUUAUAUUAUGCAAGACUCGAAAACAGCCACAUGGGACGUUGUAAUUUCAGGGUCGCGUACGAUGGAGGGAACGAAGGACAAAUACCGCUUCUUCUACCUGAAGCCAAGGACUCCUUCUAGAGAAGCGCAGAAACUUAUACCGCUGCGACCGAGCGAUAACUUGGCUACCAUUCUACCUGGGCUCGACAUUGUUGAGUUCCCUACUAUAUGCGUAUUACCAGGUGAUUCCUCGGCUGUCCCCGAAGGAUAUGUCGUCGAGAAUAGGCCUGGGAAAUCUAGGAAACGCCAGGGGUCUGCUUUGGUUGGAUACUUGAGUGAAGAAGAGGGAGAGGCUACGGAUGGACAAUUGGAUGAGCAGGACGAUGAUACCACGAGUAGUUCGGGGUCGGACUCUUCCGACAUGUCAGAGUAAUUUUAUUAAUAAUUCUGAAUAAUAGUUUGUUUAACGGGAAUAUCUUCUGAUAUUGUUAAUUGAAAUAAAUAAAUACCUGUGACUGGCUCGAGUUUGCUUCCUAAUACUGCAACCAAUCUAUUCAAUAUUGGCGCAUUUCAAGUGCUCAGCAGUUCAAUAUUGUUGUUGGAUUCAUAAAGUGCGUGGCAGAGUAGAUAUUUCCACACACGUAAUAUUUGUAUGGAAUAC